GCUGGUCGUUUCUCGUUCGAUCUUGUCUCGCGUGUAGUACAUCGUAAAGUUAUCAGGCGUGAAAAUGAUCGCAACGUGAAUUCCACCACGCGGCCACGGGGUGUUUCUCUUUCUCUCUGUCCCUCACGCGCGCGAUAGCAAUUGUGUACACAUUAUUCCCGGCUGAUCUGCGCAAUCUAGGAGGAUGCGGCGCAUCGCGGCUCUGCUGAGCCUGCUUGUCUGCGUGUCAGUACCUGUCCACGGCCAAGAUGGCGAUCUUUACUUUUCGGUGAGCCCUGCGGAACACUCGGUUGUCGAAGGACUUCCGGUUCGCUUGAGAUGCGAGGCUCAGCCAAGCUCACACGUCAGGUACUCGUGGAAAAUAGAUGGACAGCCGCUUGCUCCCAGUCCGCGAAGGCACCAGGUCGAGGGCGAUCUUUAUAUCACUAGGGUCAAUCGAAUCUUGGACAGCGGGAACUUUGUUUGCGUGGCCACACACGAGGAAACCGGCUAUUCGAUCGAGAGCUCGCCCGCCAAGAUCGACGUUCAAUGUAAGACUUGUUAUUCAGAUAUCAGCGCAUAUUUGCGACGUAUUGUAUAAUUAUGCUGCUUGCUUUUGAUUUUGUAAUUACAUUUUUUUAU